AUGAGCAAUGUGCUUGGUUCGAGCUCGUCGCUCGUGGUCGACGCCGUCAUCUCAACUUCACGUGUCACCAGCACAUCUACGAGCUCCACAAGCACUUCCUCCUCCUCUUCGUCAACUACAAUUGCAUCAUCGCAUAACAUUCUAUCUAUACUGCCACAUCCUACUCUGUCUUUCACUUAUUCUACAUCAGCAUCGUCAUCGUCGACGUCUAUCAAGAGUUCUGCUUCCAGCAGUAUAAGUGGAAGAUCACAGACCCACUCUUCGUCGCAGUCGACUGCGUCAUCGAGCGUUACAGUGUCUAUUACAUCGAAGAGCUAUAUGUCCUCGACACCAUGGCCAUCAUCGACAUCCACACACCAUCCCUCGCUCUCUUCAUCGGCGUUCUCUUCCUCUGCGCUAUCUUCAUCUGCACACGCAACCACUCAUUCGACAGCAUCUAGUUCUCACUCUUCUCUUUCGUUCUCAACUCUAUCAUUCUCAUCAUCUUCACUUGUAUCGCCAUCAGCAUCUUCAUCUGCGAUCCCGUCCUCAUCACCCGCGGCUGCCUCACCGACAAGCAGUUCAAACUCCGGAAGCAGCAGCAGUAGCAACAGCAGCGGCAGCAGUAACAAAACCACAAUCAUUGCGGCCGUCGUCGGUUCUGUCGGCGGAACAAUUGUACUGCUGCUUCUUCUCUUCGUGUUCUGCCGCCUGCGUAGACGGGGGAGCUAUCGCCGCAACAAUAGCCAUCUGGUUGCCGGUCCGUCGUUCCAUCACCAUGUUCGAAAUAGCUCAGGUGGAGCAGGAGGUGCCGUUUCCUCUGGCGACGGAGGAGUACCGGGUAGUGGUGGCGGCGGUGCGAUCUCCAGCAAUAACGGUGGAGUCGGUAACAACAGCAACAAUAUCAGCAGCGGUGGUGGUGGUGGUGGUGGUGGUGCUGGAGCUGCUGCAGGCGCCGCUGCUGGAGGUGGUGCUGCGAUGGCUGCAGCUCGACAUAAUCAGCAUCAUACACAACAACGCAAGCUGAGUCGGAAGAAUAAGAGGCCGGAGAUGAUACAAGUCGGGCAUCACGAUCCGAGAUCACACCAGACCGCACUGAGGACGCCGGGGUCGCGGACGACUACGCCCACUUCAGAGCGCUUCAGUCGACAUCAACGCAGACCCACGACGCCAUCCGACCGGCUUUCGCCUUCGAGUAAUUCGCGCAAGAGUAUCAUAGCUUCGUCGCUUAGCACUUCGUCCGAGACACCGCUACCGCAUAUAUUCGGAUCAAUCUUCACGCGGUCGAGACGAAACACGAUCUCAUCCUCGGUCAACUCGUCUUCGAUUGAUCCGACUGCGUCAGUCAGUGGCGGCGACGAAAGCGGGUUUGUGAAAAUCAGCGGACGUAAGCUUGAGAGGUGGCAGGAUCCCGAGAUGGCUAGUAUACAUAGUCUAUCUGGGAAAGUUUAUGAUCGCGACGGAAACGAGCUGGUCCCUGCCGAGCACGAGCCCGGAAGUUCAUCUCAGCAAAACGCAUCACUGGAUAGAGAUAACUAUGCGGACGACGAUAACCAUGAUAUAGAUGACCGAUCAUCUAGAGGACGGCAGUCUUCAGUUGAAAGCAUGGAAAGCCGACGGUACCAAUAUUUUAUGGAAUCGAAUUGGUACAGCGGUGACCACGAUAAUAGUAAUGAAGAUGUGGACGGCGCUAUGGCAGGACCAUCGGGAACGUGA